UUACCAUUUCGUCCAACAACAAGCAAUUGCAUUUACAGAGAGAAAGAGAGAAAACAAAUACUUUCACUCUUCCAAAAAAAAAAAAAAGAGUAACCAAAAUCAAAAACACAAAAAAAGAGAUGGAUUUUGCUCAUUUCUUCGCACACCUUCCAUGGAUUACUAUCUUUGGUCUCCUAGGUAACACGAUUUCCUUCAUGGUCUUCCUUUCUCCAAUCCCAACCUUUUACCGGAUUUACAAGAAGAAAUCAACAGAAGAAUUCCAAAGCAUUCCAUAUGUGAUAGCCUUCUUCAGCUGCAUACUUUGGCUAUUGUAUGCCUAUGUUAAGACUGAUGUGCUCUUUCUGGUCACCAUCAAUGUCUUCGGUCUCUUCAUAGAAACCAUCUAUAUUGCUAUCUUCGUCGUCUACGCCAACAAGAAAACAAGGAUCUCGACAAUGAAGCAAAUCAUCCUUUUCAAUGUUUUCGGGUUUGGUGUUAUCUUCUUCUUCACGAUGUUCAUUGCAAAGACAACCCGUGUUCGGUUGUUGCUCCUCGGAUGGAUUUGCCUCAUCUUCUCAUUGUGUGUCUUCGUUGCUCCCCUAGGUGUUAUGAGGAAAGUCAUCCGCACCAAGAGUGUUGAGUACAUGCCAUUCUUCCUCUCAUUCUUCCUCACCAUAAGUGCCGUUGUUUGGUUCUUCUACGGUCUCCUCAAACACGAUGUCUACAUCGCGGUACCAAAUGUGCUAGGUUUCACGUUCGGAAUCGUACAAAUGAUCCUAUACGCCAUGUACCGUAACGCUAAGCCAACAGAGAAAGACAUUGAAGUAGGAAAGACAACCAAGGACAUUUCAACCGAUAAUCAAAUCAUAAUCGAAGAGCCAGUGAAACCACAGGCUAAGACACUAACUACACCUCCAACUAACGACGGACUUUUCGCCAUUCAAAUCCCGAACCUCAGCAUGGUUAACCUUCACAACAAUGUAAUUGAUGAUCAGCCAAUGAAGAUUAGUGGUAUAAAUAACCAUACUCCACCACCAAUCUCGGUCGCCGUUUAAGGAUGAUGCUUUUUCAUGGCAAUACAAUGAUCAAAUAGCCUUUGCAUGGACCGACCUCCAUCACUUCCAUGUAAAAGAUCAACUGUCAUGAGGGGCUAUAUCCUAAAUUCCACAUCUCUUUUCUCUCAAUCAACUUUCUUUUUCAUUUUUAUUUUAACAACCCCCCUCAUUUUUACCUUUUUUUAUUUCUAUUUUGAUCCAUAAUUUAAUCUUUUGUAAUUUUUGUUUCCAUCAUAUAAUUAAAAAUGUCAAUAAAUAUUUGUAUUUUCGCUUAUAUCGUAUCAUUGGUGUACGUACUUGAUCAUAAUCUAAUGCAAAUAUGCAUUAUUUAAGUUUUUC